AGGAGAGCUGCGCGCCGAUUGGCUGGGACGCCCGCCGCUCAGGCCCAGGAGCGGACGGUUUCUACUGCGGCUGGGCACCGGCUCUGCUCCAGCGUCGGCCUGCGCUCCAGCUGCGCCCGGCCCGGCCCCGGCCCGGCCCGGCCCGGCCCUGGCCUCCGAGCGAAGACGCCGCUGCCGCCUGGGCCGGUCCCAGGGCCAUGAGGAGGCGGCGGCAGCCACUGCGGCCCGCGUCAAGGUGACCGGCCGGGACUGCGGCGGUGUCAGCGGCGGGAGCGGGCGGGCUUCUGCAGACAGGUUAUGUCCCCGGCAGAGGCGGCCCUGAAGCUCCCUGUGGCCUGGAGACUAUGUACAAGAGGAAUGGUCUGAUGGCUAGCGUGUUGGUCACCUCCGCCACUCCGCAGGGCAGCAGCAGCUCAGACUCUCUGGAGGGCCAGAGCUGCGACUAUGCCAGCAAGAGCUACGACGCCGUGGUCUUCGAUGUCUUGAAGGUGACUCCCGAGGAGUUUGCUAGCCAGAUCACGCUGAUGGACAUCCCCGUGUUCAAAGCCAUCCAGCCGGAGGAACUAGCCAGCUGUGGAUGGAGUAAGAAGGAGAAACAUAGUCUUGCCCCAAACGUUGUGGCCUUUACCCGGAGGUUUAACCAGGUCAGUUUUUGGGUUGUACGAGAAAUUCUAACAGCACAGACUUUAAAAAUAAGGGCAGAAAUCCUGAGCCAUUUUGUGAAAAUAGCCAAGAAACUUCUAGAACUCAACAACCUUCAUUCUCUCAUGUCUGUGGUGUCAGCGUUACAGAGUGCGCCCAUCUUCAGGCUGACAAAAACCUGGGCUCUGUUGAAUCGAAAAGACAAGACCACCUUUGAGAAGCUGGACUACCUGAUGUCCAAGGAAGACAAUUACAAGCGGACUCGGGAGUACAUCCGAAGCCUGAAGAUGGUCCCCAGUAUCCCCUACCUAGGGAUCUAUCUUCUGGACUUAAUCUACAUCGACUCUGCGUAUCCUGCCUCAGGCAGCAUCAUGGAAAACGAGCAAAGGUCCAAUCAGAUGAACAACAUUCUCCGAAUCAUUGCCGACUUACAAGUCUCCUGCAGCUACGAUCACCUGACCACCCUGCCCCACGUGCAGAAGUACCUGAAGUCCGUGCGCUACAUCGAAGAGCUCCAGAAGUUUGUGGAAGACGACAACUACAAACUGUCGCUCAGAAUCGAGCCAGGAAGCAGCUCUCCAAGACUCGUCUCUUCCAAGGAAGACCUCGCAGGCCCCUCCUCCGGCUCCAGCUCUGCGAGGUUCAGCCGGCGGCCCACCUGCCCGGACGCCUCUGUUGCCGGCAGCCUCCCCACACCCCCGGUCCCGAGGCACAGGAAGAGCCACAGCCUGGGCAACAAUAUGAUGUGUCAGUUGAGUGUAGUUGAGAGUAAGAGUGCAACUUUCCCGUCGGAGAAAGCGAGGCACCUGCUGGACGACAGCGUCCUAGAGUCCCGCAGCCCCCGCAGGGGCCUCGCCCUCGCCUCCUCCUCCGCCGUCACCAAUGGACUCUCCCUAGGCAGUAGUGAGAGCUCAGAGCUUAGUGAAGAGAUGUCGUCAGGGCUGGAAAGCAGGGGACGUCUCUACGCCACCCUGGGGCCCAACUGGCGGGUUCCCGUUCGGAAUUCUCCCAGAACGCGGAGCUGUGUCUACAGCCCCACCGGCCCGUGCAUCUGUACGCUGGGGAGCUCGGCAGCAGUGCCCACCAUGGAGGGGCCUUUGAGAAGAAAGACGCUGCUCAAGGAGGGUCGGAAGCCCGCGCUGUCCUCGUGGACCAGGUACUGGGUCACGCUCUCAGGAUCCACCCUCCUGUACUACGGAGCCAAGUCCUUGCGGGGCACGGACAGAAAGCACUACAAAUCCACGCCUGGCAAAAAGGUCUCCGUCGUGGGCUGGAUGGUGCAGCUACCCGACGACCCCGAGCACCCGGACAUCUUCCAGCUGAACAACCCCGACAAAGGCAACGUUUACAAGUUCCAGGCCGGCUCCCGGUUCCACGCGAUCCUGUGGCACAAGCACUUGGACGACGCGUGUAAAAGCAACAGGCCUCAGGUACCUGCAAACCUUAUGUCGUUCGAAUAAGUCUCUGCAGAACUCGACGUGACUUCAGAGGCUCCUGGGAGCCCCGCCUGGGACUGGUGGCGCGCACGAGUCCUGGGCACGGGCCGUCGGCCAGGGUGCUGGGAGACUGACGGCCGGACUCCAGGGCCCGUGGCCUGUGGCCUCGCGGUCCAGAGGGCCCCGCCGGUGCAGGAGCUGCCGCCACUCCCCAGCGACCGUCACGGCACCUACUCAGCAGCUACCCCCGCAACCCCUCUCUGGGCCCCGUCGUCCACCAGCUGCUGCCACUGCUGCUGCUGCUGCUGCUGCGACUAGAGAGCCCUCGGCCCCUGUUGGGUCCCCGGGGCCUUCUCCUGCUCCAGAGAGCGGACAGUGUCGCCUGCACGAGGGGCCGGAGAGCAGGGACAGGCCGUGGGACCGGCUCUUCACACCCCAGGUGCACGGGGUCGCUCGCCCACGGGGCCCCUCGGAUUUUGUACGACCCAGAAGCGCCCUCUGCGUGUGCGUGCCAUAUACGUGUGUGUGCGAGCGAGUGUGAACUCUUCGAGAAACAUGCAUUUUGGCACAAGACUCGUGACGUCGCUCAUGCAUGGGCCUGGAGGCCCCGCUUUAACCUUCAGUGACAGCCUCGUCCAGCGAGAAAGGUCGGAGUGAGAGCCCAGACCCCUCCCGUGUUAAGGGUCCCUUGCAUUCUUUUACUGUAAACAAACAAUGCCUUAAACCGUGUCUCGUUUUCUGUUCCUAUGGGUGCUAUUCAUCAGGAGGCCUGCUUCCUGGGCCCGGGGGCCCCCCAGGCCUUGGUGGUGUCAGCUCUUCUGAGACUGGACCCGGCUUCAGGACUGUGGACUGGGCCGCCGGCCUGCUCGCUUCCUCCCACACCCUUCUCUCGGGGUCCGAAGGCCCUCCUCUGUCCUCCCCCGCCCCCUCGCCCACUCGGGAGGCUGGGGCGCCUCUCUCCACUUCUCAGCCGCAGCUGGGAGGCCGCCACGCUUGCUCGCAGCGCACGGCCACGCUGCCUCCACCUGCAGGCCAAGGCUUCUGCUCCGCCGUCUCACCCCUCUGCCUCCACUGCCAGGGCGGGGCCCACCGGGGCCCUGAUUACACCGGGGAGCUGAGCGACACUGAGGCCUUAGGCUCCCCCAGUAUUGCCCCCAAUCCAGUCACCAGCAAGUUCAAGGGCGCAAUUGUUGACGGCCGCGGUGACGAGAGAGCAAAGCCCUGGGGAGUGAGCGGCCCCGCCCCGCACUCAGUGUCGAGCUUGUCACAUGAACAACGUCCUUAUCUGUCACUGUCAUACGUUUAAGUGACUUUUGUUUUGCACAAACACAUUUUUAUUCAAAAUUAUGAAUAAAAAUUAACUUUAUUUAUGGUAGCUUUAUCACCCUAUCUUCCCCUCCCCCCCCCCAACCUGGGCAUCUUAGCUCUGAGAAGGAAAUCUGCACUGGCACUUGGGACGAAGCCGUCUCUGAGUCCUCGUUGCCGUCACAGCUCCGUAGCUCCCACAGAUCAGACGACGGAUGUCGGACCGCCCCGGCGGUUUCCGGGCAGAUGCCUCAGAGCGACGUCUCAGCCGGUCCACCACGAACGAUCGGUCAGCUCCAGAACAACCAAAGGACCCACCGGUGCAUUUCGAUCAAAGGAUGACAACGUUUCUGCAAGUGUGAAGGAGUCGGUGAGGAAAGGUCGUCACCAGGGGCCUUUUUCUGUGGUCGAGCCUCGCCGGGCCUGGUAACGCGCCCCCCUUCGGGGCCCAGUCUGGAGUGCUUUCACACCAGGAGAAACCGCAACGGCCAAGGCGAGGCCGUCACACCGCGGCCCUUGGUGCCAUGCGCACCCCCCCCGCAGCAGCUGGGGUCUGCAUGCACGCACCUGGUUCAUGGCGCCGGCCGAGAAUCAGCAUCCAGAGGCCAGAUGGAGACGCCGAACGCCCCCAACAUCUCUCACCAGAACCAGUCCCCGUUGGCUCGAACCUGCGUUCCAUCUGAUUCCGCCUGUUAAUCUUUUAAAAGUCUCAAGUCUGGAUGGACGUGCCAGAAUGGAACAUCAGCAACGUUAUUUUCCUUGGUGUUCUCCGUUCUUCCGUUGUCCUGGGUUUGCUCCCGUGACACAUGACAGAUGUCAGUCCAAAAACCUCAGAAUUUCAGGCUCCACUAAGUCCGAUCAUUUUCUGCCUUUGACAAGUUUUUCUUCUCUUCCACAAAUGUUUUCUUCCGAGCCCAUUUUGAAAUAGCACAACUGCUAUUCUUCUCAAAGUGUUUGUUAGUCUUUUCACUGAUCGACACUGAUCCCACAUCCCCUCCUGGAAAUAUUCUUAGGUUGGAUUCUUGAAGAAUCUUUGAAGACCUCAUGGGCGAAGUCCCUGUAGAACUGGUAAAAACCUUGAACUACAGGAGGGUCCUGGAGACAAGCCGAGAGACCCUGGGCUCCCCCAGCAGGGGCUGGGGCCAAGCGUCUGAGUGAAGAGCAGAUGGAUGGCCCCCCGGGCUGCCUGUGAGGAGGCCCGUGAGGCUGGGCCAGGAGGGGCGGGCACGGAGCCCAAGGGGGAAGGUCCGAGACUGGAUUCUGACCCCGGAGGGAAGCGUUUCCGGCUUUUGCUCUAUGUCCAUAGUGCACAGAUGUUCGUGAAACCAUUGAAGAUGGUAUGUCUUGCAUGCAUAGGCUGUAUCUUUUUUUUUUUUUUAAAGCAAACAGGUCACGACAUCCCAAAAGGAAACUUACACAGAACGCUGUCUACAGACAGGAGUAGGUUGGUCGGUCGUUGGUGUCAUUACGAUGCCCAAGAACAGCUCCCUUUGCAUCGAACACAUUUUCACCCCUUUCCAUCGAGCACGUUCUGUAACUCGAGGUCAGCCGAGCGAGUUCUGAUGACUGAAGUACUUCCUGGGGGACUGAUUUGACGGACAGCAGUAGAAACGCUGGUCUGAGCAUGCUCAGUGAAAACGCGCGUUCUCUGCUUCCCCGAGGAAGCCCGUCAUCACCCUGUCCCACCGCGGAACCUGAAAAGGGAGACACUUGAGGGGAUUCUGUUUGGGAAAGAACCCCACCCUCUCUUGCCAACUGAAUUUACAAAGCAUUUCUCUUCUUGCCAAGAUGGCCAGUAUUUCUUUCAUCAUCUUCCUCCCACCUCCGUAGCCCAAGACGCGCACCUGUUAGGACGCCCUCUGACAGACAGGUGGAGCCGAGAGCGCCUCCCGCACCGCCGAUGCGUGUGAUCAGGUGAACGUUGCCAAACUCACAGCCUCGCUUAUUUCCGGUGGCCGCGUAAAUGACUUCAAUCAGCCCCACGUCACACUGACGUGUGGGGUGAUUCCAUGUUCAAAAAAGAAAAAAAUAACGAGUCCCUUUGAAAGAACAGAUUCGCUGCACAAAACCACCCAUUCAUUCGUUCGCUCAUGUUUCUAGCGAGUGUUUCCUGUGUGCCAGGCUCUCCCCGGGAUGUACAGGACUGAAAGCAAGAGGGACCGAUCCUGCCCUCGACGAGCUGACCACUCAUCAAACAAACAGCCCUCACACUGCAUCUCCUCCGGCAAGACCCUGCCUCUCUCCCAGCACCGAGUAGACACCCUGCGCGGGUUCCCUGACAGAGGCUUCAGGAGGCUCCACAGACUGAACAGCCUCUUGACCCGAGAGUUCAGGGGCCAGGAGGGCUCGCUGGAGUCUCCACCCUGGAGGCUGGCCGGAGUGGAGCAGGCAGGCGCGGCUGGGCACGCAGAGGACUCCGAGGGGGAACGAGAGCAGGGUCAGCGUGUUCACAGUGUGUACUCGAGAGGUUGUCUUGGCUUUAAUUUCAUGGUAAAUGCAAGCACAGUGCGGGCAAGAGCUGCAUUUCUGGAGUGUUGAGACCUCGCGCUGUGGGCCACCUCGCAGGCUGCACCGUGGGGUGCACGCCAGAGGCAGCCCCAAGUCCCCGUCUGCAGCCGCAGCGCCAUGGAGACCAAUGUCUCCACCCGUUUCUGAGCAGCUGUGACCGGUCGGUGACGAAACGGUAGUGAUUAAUUUAUUGUAUGGUAUGAUCUUCAAAUAAAUUUUGUGCCAAAAUGCAUGGUUUUUCACUUAGCAUUCAAAACGUUGCGUAGAGAGUAUUUUAAGUACCAAUUUCUUACGUAUUCUCCAAAGUAAGUUGAAAAUCAGUUUCUACCUUCUACUCCUUUUCUCGUUGACUCUGUUGCCUCUCUCGGUCUGUCUUCUCCCCAGCAGACCCCCUGCAUGCGGUUGUGUAAGGACUUUCUCUGAUUCCCGCGAAGUGUCUCACCCACCGUAACACUGAACGUCAGCUCUCCGGGGUUCUUUAGAUUUUGGUGAAGUAUUUUGUUACCUCAGUCUUGUAUCAAGUUGCUGUAUUUUUCAGCUUGUUACACUGAUAAUAAUUGUUUCACUAAUUAAAUACUUUAAUGUACAAACAUCUUUGUUUACUUUGAAAUUAAAUGUGUUUUCCAAUGA